AUGUCGAUUAAUACUCUAAGAGCUAUUGCGACCCAACUGGGUGAGGAACCUGAACAUAGCUUAUUACAGCAAUAUCAAGAUGGUACCGACCUAGAAAACAUAAGAAUACAGGAGGAAACAGAUUGUAAUCGGGUGAUAGGAAAUAAUGGACAAUUAAAAAGAACAAAAUCAGUAUCAGCAUCUGAUAACUCACCCUAUCAGAGUGAUACUGAGCAAACGGAUCAUAAGAAAAGAAAAGUCAAUUGGAAAGAUCUGGAUCUGGCACUAAAUACAAAUUCGGCAAAGGAAGCAUGUUCUUUUAUUGAAUUAGCCAAAAAGAAAGCAAAGGACAGAAUGACAAUUUUAAGAGUGGCAAACGAAUAUGGUUGGGAUGUGGCAGUUGAACUUCCUCAAUCAAAGUAUAAUGAUGUGGAAGAUGAUAUGGAGGAUGGAGAUUACAAGAGAUAUAAUCAAACAAAAAGAGGAAACUAUUAUAAGGCAAGAUCAUUUGUUAACAAGAACACAUUCUACAAUCAGAAAAUCGAAUUUUAUACCAAAAACCUAAGUUCAUGA